AUGGAUAACGGCAGCCUGGGAUUUCUCGGAGAAGCCAACACAUCUCUUCCGAUUGAACAUCAAUCCUGUGCUACAUUACGGAACCAGGUCUCACGCACUUUCCUGUAUGCCUUCUUCUCCGUUGGCAUCGCCUGCACAGUGGUUGGAAAUUUCUUGGUGGUCUUGUCCAUCGCCUACUUCAAGCGGUUGCAGUCACCCACAAACUCUUUUGUCUUGUCAUUGGCAGUGGCUGACUGUCUUGUUGGCCUGGUUGUGAUGCCUUACAGUAUGAUUCGGACCGUUGAAGGAUGCUGGUACUUUGGUGCCCUUUUUUGUAAGCUUCACUCCAGCUUAGAUGUUAUGCUUUGCACUGCCUCAAUAUUCCAUCUCAGCUGCAUUGCCUUUGACCGCUACUAUGCUGUGUGCAACCCGCUCAUCUACUCUUUAAAGAUGUCCCACAAUCGAGUAACUUUCCUCAUUGUGGUAUGUUGGGCAGUUCCCAUGCUCAUUUCGUUUUGCCCCAUAAUGCUAGAUCUUCAUAUUGCCGGUGUGGACAUCUUGCUCCCUAAAGACGUCUGCUUGUUCUUGGUCAAUCGCAUUUAUGCUGUCAUGGCUUCCUUGGUAGCCUUUUACUUGCCGAUGGGAAUCAUGUUGAUAGCAUACUGGAAGAUCUUCAAAGCUGCUAAUCGGCAGGCCAGGCAGAUCAGCGCCAUGGAAAGCCAGAUGGCUGCCGGUGUGGGCAAAGACUCAAGCAAGAAACAACGACACAGAAACGCAAUGAAAAGAGAGCGAAAGGCAGCAAAAACUUUAGGUAUCAUCAUGGGAGUUUUCCUAAUCUUCUGGGUGCCUUUCUUUACAGUCAACAUUGUGGACCCAUUUAUUGGAUACAGCACAGAGGUGGUUGUCUGGGAUGUAUUUUUAUGGCUAGGAUAUAUCAACUCAUCUCUGAAUCCCUUCCUGUACGGUUUCUUCAACCGUUCGUUCCGCAGGGCAUUCCUCAUGUUCAUCGGCUGCAGGGUAUGCCUUCCUGGAUCCUCCCCAGGGAUGGAACUAUCUCACACCAGGAAGGAGGCGAACGAACGUGCACAUCAACCAUAA